AGUAUGUAAUCCGCGACCGCGGUACACCAGCAAAUCCGCUUCCCAAGACUAUACUUUCACCUAGCCCCACGUCUGCCGUUUCUUACACCUCACUUCAUGCCUUCUGUCAACACUCCCUUUACUUCUCUCCUGCUUCUGCUGCUCCGAUUGCAGAGUCCGGAAAGGAAGAAGAAAGUAGGGUUUCUGGAAAUAUCAUUUCGCUUCUCAAAUCGACGGUGGUGAUGACAGUGAUGAUAAAUGAGGUUGGGCUGGUUUUGCUGCUGAGGGUGGCUUGGAUUGCAGCCACCCUUCCAAUUCUCAUAGCAUCCAUUCCCGUUUCUGCUCUCAAUCGCUUCCACGCCGCUAUGUUGGGAUUCGCGAAAAGGGGAAAGAUCAUGAAUCAUCAAUCUCCAUCGUGCAAUAGGUUUACUGUUCCCCAGAGAUUCUUCUUGCAUUUCUACGUGGUGGCUGUGGUGUGGACGACAUUCUUGCUACUUUUGACAUGGCUCUAUGCCUAUAGAACAACGUCACAGUUAGGUUUGGAAUAUUUCAAUUAUUCUGCAAUUGCUAGCCAUUUGACGGGAGGUUCACAUAUGUUUUCCUUUAACAAGUCACGUACGACUCCUGCAAAGCAUAGUUACCAGAUAUGGCAAGCAGUACUUUUGCUUUUAUUGAUGGAAGUUCAAGUCUUGAGACGCCUUUACGAGACAUUAAACGUGUUCAAAUAUAGCCCUUCUGCUCGAAUGCACAUGUUUGGCUAUCUAACUGGGUUAUUUUUCUACACAGCAGCUCCACUGUCACUUUGCAGCUUUUGUGCACCUGAGUUGUUGAGGUAUGCAGCUUAUCUAUUUGUUGAGUUCAUCGUUAAAGGCCGAGAUCGAGUUGCAGCUUUUGAGUUCGAUUGGUGGGGAUAUGUGAAGCCCCUGACAAAACUGGGAUUUUGCCAGUGGGUAGGUGUGGCGAUUUUUGUUUGGGGUUGGAUACAUCAGUAUCGUUGUCAUGCUAUUCUUGGUUCAUUGCGGGACCACAAGGAAGAGGCCACUGAAUAUGCAAUUCCACGCGGGGAUUGGUUUGAAAUUGUUUCAAGCCCCCACUACCUAGCUGAAAUUGUUAUAUAUGCAGGGAUUCUGGUUGCCAGUGGAGGAUCAGAUCUAACAAUAUGGCUUCUUUUCACAUUUGUGGUGUCAAAUCUCGUGUUUGCAGCAGCAGAGACACAGAGGUGGUAUCUUUGUAAAUUUGAUAAUUACCCAGUCUCCCGUCGUGCAAUUCUUCCAUUUCUCUAUUAGAUAGUAAGGAACCGAGAAGUGAGAAGACUGCCAGUUUCUCGUGUUUGCAGCAGCAGAGACGCAGAGGAUGGGCACAUUUCUCAAUCCCUAUCUUGGUGUUUUCCCUCAGCCAGCAUUCCAAACAGGUGGAGAUUGCCUUUCGGACCAUCCUAACCUUUCCACAUGGUGGGCGUCAGAUGCUGCUGCAAAGGAAGCCCGUGGCUGGAAAACUCUAGACUAGUGUUUUAGAUAGCUUACACUGCAUGUUGUGUAUAGUAAGCAUUAAUGCUAGCUUAAGUCGCGUGUAGCCUAUGCUAUAUAUAUAUAUAUAUAUAUAUAUAUAUAUGAUAAUCUUCAUAUGCUACAUGGUACAUAGCUACAACAUUAAAAUCAAUUAAUGUUUUCAAUGAUGUGUUGUAUUUUCUAUUUUCUAUUGAAAGUAGUUAAUCUUUCCAAUGCU